AUGUUCCGUGAAAACUCAACAGAGAUGCUCGACAUUAUCAAUCGAUUCUCGAUGAACGACCGUCACUGCUUUAUUGGCUACCUAAUGGAUACUCUGAACAACGAUAUCAUCAACAAAGUACAGGCAUGGCAAAAGUAUGAAGUUACACUAUUCUAUAUUUCAGCGUUGGCAUCGGGAUUCAAUUCUAAAGACAACAAAAUCGUGCCGGUUCUUCUCAAGUUGCUUCCAUCCAUCCCGACGAAAUCAGUGGAACUAGCGAAAACCUCGAUCAUAUUGCUCGGAAAGUGUUCCAGCUAUCUUCAGGAGCACAAAGACAACUUGGAAAAGGUUAUUGCCGAUAUGAUUCCAGCGUUUGCAUGCACCGAGCUCCUAAAGUCGGCAUCAAAUGCAUUCCUCUCGAUCACAGCCAAUAGAAAGUGCGCACUCCAUCUCUCACCAAACAUUCUCACCAUCAUCGAUCUCUGCUCGCCACACUUGAACUCUCACCAAACUCAUCCAUCCAUCGCCACCGUCUACGAAGCACUCAUCUACAUCAUUCACGUCAUUCCAUCCGAUAAAAUGAUGCCACCAUUCAAGAAAUUAAUUGAACCUGUAGUAGAAAAUAUCGGAAGAAUCAUAACAUCAGAACAACCAGCAAAGAGUUUACCACUUCUGAAAAUACAAUUACAGAUCAUCGAAAAGAUCACCAAUAUUAUCGACGUUGACGAUGUAUAUGAAGAUAAAAAGUCACAUCCAUUGUUCCCAUUUUUCAAGAUUGUCAUUCCACAAAUGAAAGAAUUACUUAAACUCUUCUCAUCCGAUUGUCAAAUCAUUGAAAGUGUCAUUUCAGAGUUUAUUAAUGAGAUUCUCAAUCAAGUCACAGAUACCUAUAAUAGAUACCCACUUUCACAAUUGUUACAGGUGGUAUCUGCCGUUGGAAACAGCAGUAAAUCACAAAAUAUCGAAGAGAAGCUUGCCGAGUGUUACACCAUCAUCUCUACAACCACACUUAAUCUCCUAAGAAGCGAAACAAAACACGAUAUGUCCAUGCACUUACCAGUCUCACAUCCAUUAAGAGAGUACCCAAUCGAUCCAAAUUUCCUAUUAAACUUUUCAGUCCGUCCAGAUCUUUCAAGAGAAUAUUUCAAUAUGAUUCAAAAUGCACUGAAAACUGUACCACAAUGUGUUGACCAGCAAAUCGUUUGUGCAAUGGCAACCUAUAUUAUUCACAAUCUUUUGGAUAUCAACGAUCUGCUCACCAGUAGAAAUUGCUUUACUUUCCUUUCCACUGCUAUAAUGUUGGUAAAGAGUGCAGACACUAGAGCUGCCAGAUUUGUCGAGAUCAUCAAUGAACUGAUCAAGAAUCAUGGUAGAAUUUUAAUUAGAAAUCUUCUAGUUGGUGUAUCAUCUGUAUUCCCAAGUAAUUUGUUACCAAAUGUUGCAGAGGUAUUCCAUGCUUAUGCUUCGGCAUACCCAACACCAUUCAGACAGGAGGCAUCAAAGAUUCUCAUAAAAUCACCAUUCCUCGAAGGCACAGUAGAAACCUCUGACAAACAAAUAUUCUUGAAUCAAAUCCAACGUGUAUCAGAUAACAAAUCAGACUAUCGCUUUGCAAUUCAAGCCUUCGCAAUUUUAUGCAAAGUUAAAAUAAAUAAAAUGGAGUCAUCAUCGACAUCACGGUUUAAACACUCAUUUCGCAGACAAGAUUUAAGAGUUACUCUGUUGUGUGAUGGUCUUGGAACGGUUUCAGAGAAAGGAAAUAAAUUGAUAAAGGAUGAAGUCUCCAAGAUUUUGGAUAUCAUUCAAACCAAUCCUAAUAUGUCUGCCAAGAUCAACGCCGAUUCACAAACAUCCAAUUCACAAUGGCAAAAGAUAAUUAGACAUCUAUCGAAUAUCUAUGAGGUUUCUUUUACUGUUGGACCUAAAUGUAUAUUAUCAACUUUAGAUUUGAUUAUUUUGCUGAUUGAUGAAAAAUGUAUUGUUUCAUCAAUGGUAGAAAACAAUAAGGCAUUGGUAGAUUAUUUCUUGGAGACGACUCUUAGAAAUAUUUUGCAUAUAGACGAGGAUGUACUUACCAAGAUUUCAAAGAUGGUUUUUGCUACUUCUCAGUUUAAGAACCACAGUGUCUUGUUGGAAGUUCAAAUCCUCUUCUAUAUCUACGAACAUUUGAAGUUUACUUCAGAUUUUCUCAAUCACAUCAGAGACUCUAUCAAAAAGAUACUCGGCUCAUUGUUUGAGAACUUUGAACCUCAAUCUUGGUUUCAUUCACUCUAUAAAAACCAUUUAAUUCUGACGGAUCAUCAAAUUCCAAUUUCAGAUUCAAUUUUCAUAUUCAAAUAUCUCAGUAUGAAAUCACAUACCUAUUUAAAAGAUGUACCUUCAGAUAUCAAUUCAAAAACAUCUUUAGAGUUUAGAACAAAAGUGUAUCCUUUGGAAUUGAUUGCUUUUAUAAUUAGAGAGUUUGGUGGAAGAAUGAAAGAGUUUUCACAGUUGAAUGAGGGAGCACUCAAUUACAGCUGGCCACUCAUCAUUGAAACUGGAUUCUCUUCGAAUGUCGUCAUUUUCGAACAUUCACUGAAUCUAUUUUUAAACUUGAUUGUUCACAACAGAGAGCAUCUCAAGAGUGAGAUUGGUGAUUACUUCUCAGAUGUUAUUUUGCCGUAUCUGGAGAGACAUUCCAAUAGUAAAUCAAACCCACAUACACAUCAAAUACUUAUAUUGGAAUUUCUCAUCAAGUUGUGCGAAUAUCCUGAUAUUAUAUCGGAUAUUUAUAUCAAUUACGAUUGUAAUAUACAUUAUAAAGAUAUAUUUCAAAGAUUAGUUGAAUCUAUCUGUAAGAUUUCAAAGAAAGAUAUACAGAGUUAUAAGAAUUUGGAUGAGAUUAAGGUGAUGGAUUUAUCAUUGGAAUUCAUAGUUCAACUAUUAAAGAGUGUAUCGGGUGAGGUGAAUACCAAUAAAGACAGGUUGGGAGGAGAAGACAAUCAGUUUCAGAGAAACAAAUUUCACAAGCUGGAGAUCAGAGAUGCCAUUUCAAAGUUUGAAAAGGAUAUUAAAGGCAGUUUGAAAAUACUACAGGAGUUGAAUUUUAUCAACGUUUCCGAUCCCAUAAGAAUGGCAUUAUUCCUCAAAAACACCGAGAAGCUAGAUAAAGUUAGUAUUGGCGCUUAUAUAUCUGAACCCAAGAACACUCAAAUUCUAGAGCGAUACACAGACCUAUUCGAUUUCUCUGGAUAUGAAGUCGAUACUGCCAUUCGACAUUUCUUAAAUCAUUUUAGACUUUCUGGUGAAUCACAAAGAGUUGAACGUAUUAUUGAAUCAUUUUCAAAGAGAUUCUAUAAUAAUAAUAGUGAGAGGUUAAAUGCUAAAGGAUUGUCGGAUACAGAUGUAUUUGUAUUGUCAUACUCAAUUAUUAUGUUAUCGACCGAUCUUCAUACAGCUUCCAUAAAGAAUCAUAUCACAAAGAAAGAGUGGAUAGAUAAUUACAAUAGAGCCAGACCAAAAGAGAGUACAAAUAGUUUCAACAAACAAUACCUCGAGGAUAUCUAUGCCAGAAUAUCAAGUCAACCGUUGUCAUUGAAUAAAGACGGUGAAGAAUCGAUAUUGAGCACAAGAAGAAGAGCGAAUAGCAUCUACGAUCAAGGCGACCCAGAAGACAGUAACAAUAACAAUGUAAAUAGUACAGAGAUAUUUCAUCGUAGUGAAUUUGCGCAGCACAUCAAAAGCAUGUUCACAAUGGUAUGGCCAGAGAUUUUAGAUUCACUCGGUGUCAUACUCGGAAAAGGCAAAGUUCAAUACAAACAGCUGUGCGUUGAAGGUAUCAACGUGGGAUUGGCGACACUCCCACUCUUGAAAAACACCGCCGAACACAAGAUAGUUGUCAGCUUAAGAUGUUAG